AUGCCUCUUAAUGACUUAGAACAGUAUACCAGAAGAGACUGCACUGAAAUUCGUGGCAAUCCCUCUUCCUGAGGAACCCUCAGAGGAAGACACUAAUGUAGCCUGCGAAAACAUCCGUUUCUCCUCGCUCGUCGCCCCUGGGGACGUUUCGCGAGGAGGAACGUCUGCGACCCAGCGACAGAAAUUCCAUACUGAUGACGUAAAAUCUGUUCGGAAUCCGGUCAGAAGGGCUGAUUGGUCGACGGAGUAGUUACAUUGUUUUAGCUAUUGUUUACGAAUGACAGACAAAAGACAAAAGGCCACAAAGGUCAAAUGUAAACGCGAAGAAUCUCGAGCAAAACAAUCAAUAUUUGUGGAAUAUACUCUUCUAUAGAAGAAGCGUUUGAGUUUUGCUGGAGCUCGUUGGCAGAUGAACACAACAAUUUACCAAAAUCGACCAGAAGACACGUAAAAUUAGACAAAUUUGUAUUUGGAACCCCAUGACUACCGGAUUUAUUAUGUAAACAUUGAUUUGCGUCAUCAGUAUGGAAUUUCUGCUGCUGAGUCGCAGACGUUCCUCUGUGCGAAACGUCCCCAGCGGCGACGAGCGAGGAGAAACGGAUGUUUUCGCAGGCUAACACUAAUGACAUUGUAAUUCAGUUAAGCGAGAAAAUUGGUGUUCCAAUGGAAAGAAACGAUAUCUCAAUUAGCUAUCGAAUCCCAAGUGCAAGAGACUUGGUGGAACCUGCUACUAUUGUCAAGUUUGUGAGGCGUUGGGUGAGAGAAAAUUUUUAUCGUGCAAGGAAGAGGCUGAAAACUGUCUCUACGGCUGAUCUUGGAUUCUCUGAGGCUAAGAAGAUCUACAUUAUCAAUGAAAGUCUAACACAGAAGAACAAGGAACUAUUUAAAGACUGCUUGACAUUUAGGAAAUAUCACAGUUACAAGUUCCUGUGGACUAAUGCUGGAAAGAUUUUCCUUAGAAGGGAUGUUGACUCCCCAGUAAUGCCUGUCUAUUCUUCUGUGGAUAUUCCUCCUUCUUAA